ACUUAUUUGUUGGAUCAGUCUCCUGGGAGCUAUGAACAGUCAAUAUAAUUUAUAGCACCCCUCAGGCUGCUUUAAAUUUGCUUGCAGAGAUCUGGACUGAUGUAGACUGUCCCAAGCAUUUGGGAACUGGAGCUAUGGCUUUAAGCUACUUUUGUGCUCCCCACUCCUUUGAGUUUCACUCUCUCAGACCAAAGGAUUUGGAUUCUUACGUGUGUUUUUAGAAUUGAAAUUGUGGAUUUUUCUGAUUUUGCAGGGUAAGAUCAGGAAUACAGUUGAAAAUGGAAAAUCCAGAAGAACAGAACACACAGUGUGAAAUGAAGACAGAUCUGAACUUACUGCUUGAAUGUCUUAAAUACCAAAUGGACAACCCUGCUUCUCAGAAAGAAGCCUUGGUCACUAUUUAUUCAAUCUGCCAACACAACAGUGAUGCAAGUGAUUAUUUCCGGGAGAUUGGUGGUUUGAUAUUUGUAAAUGACCUUGCAAAGUCAAGUGUUCACUGCAUAGUAAAGGAAGCAGCCUUAUUUACAUUAGCAGUUGUAAUGGAGAGUAGUGUUUACUGUCAGCAAACUUUGUGUACAUCUGAAUUGUUUGAAGACCUCAUUUUCUUCUUAACUAAUAAGGAUUCUAGUGUGAAUUUGAAAAGAAUGUCUAUUUAUGUUAUAUUAGUACUUGUUUCAAAUAACAAAAGUGGGCAAACUCACAUCAGAGAAACAGGCUGCAUUGGCAUUCUUCUACAGUUGUUCAGAACAACUCUUUCAAUAUCUGAGAUUAAUCUGUCAGAUGAAAAUAUUAAUCACAAUUUUCAGCUGUGGUCUUCAGUCUGCAGUACUCUGUGUGCAUGUGUUAAUAAUCCUCAAAAUGAAGACAAUCAAAACACUUGCUCUUCAGUUUUUCCACAUGCUAAAGACUGGCUCCAAAGUUGCAUAAAACCUGAGAUAGUUCGUCCUAUUUGUUCAUUUGUUGGACUCACGGUUGCUAAUAAUUCACGUGUACAGGCAUACUUUAUUUCUGUUGGUGGAUUAGACAUAUUAGCUGAAGUGCUUAUCAAGCUGGUCCGUGAUUCAACUGGAAGUUACUCAAGCGCAAAACUUGCAGUAGUAGUAACAAAGACUCUGGAUGCUUGCAUUGCUGAUAACUUUACUGUUGGUGAUGUCUUGGGAAAGUAUCACAUUGUAUCUAACCUACUGAAGUUGCUGACUUACAACACUCUGGAUUUAGGAGAAAAAAUUAGUAUUAUUCUUACAAUUGGGCAUUGCACAGAAAGCUGUGAAGAAAAUCAGUAUGAUCUGCUUAAGAACAAUGGCCUUCCACUCAUGAUUCAGUUAUUAACAGAGUCUCAUGAUGAAGAAGUUAACAAAGCUGCUACUUUUGUGCUGCAAAAUUGCAAGCAAAUCACUGAGAAAUUGACUCUGAAAACAAAUGAAUAUUCAUUAAAUCUGAAUGAUGCAGAACAGUUGAAAAUGGAUCUACAGAUCAAAGAGAAGAAUCUAGAGGACUAUUGGAAGAAAGCAAAAGAAAUUUUACAUAGAAUAGAACUUCUUGAAAAAGAGCAUGAUGAGGUUAGGGGUGAGGAACCUGCGGCCCAUUGGGCGCAUCCCACCCAUGGCGAGGCUUGGGGGUUCCAUAUGCAGCAGGGCGAGCCGACACUCAUUCUCCAGUCACGUGGCAAGUCUUUGAGCCUCAGCACCCCACUGAGCCAGGAAACAGUAAGGAGACAAAUGUUUAUUGAUAUACCUCAGGAAGCAGUUACGCAAAGGACAUCAAAUUACCAUAAAAUUAAUGCCAGUGACCAAAAAACAAAUGCCAAAAGAACACAUACUAAAAUGCAGUAUUCACAACUAAAUUGUAAGUCUGAUGAUUUGGUUGAUACUAUAUUUGCAAAUAAUCAGUCAUCUGAAAAUGGAAUAUUAAGGACUUUGAAUUCAGUAGAUGCUUCUGCCAGAGAGAAUGAGCAAAAUGUUGCUCUACAGUCAGCUGACAAUCUACAAACAGAUGAUGUUCAAAAAGAUCAGACUACACAUGAACAAACCACUUGUGAGAAAACACGGUGUGUUCCUCUAGCAAGUGAAUACGUGUUUAAAAAGCCAACACUGACUGUUAAAAAUCUGAAACAGGCACACAUACCAGGUACACAACAAGUUACAGUUUGUUUGGAUUCAACAAACAAGGAAAUAAGUAUUCCAAUUAAUUCUGCAUCUCCUAAAAUGACAGAUUUAAGGUGCUCAGGAUGUAUAACAUCAGGACUGUCUUUCAACAGCAGAAAUUUUAGCAAGAUCUUGCAUACUUGUCCACAUCAGUGUGAUCGUCACAAAAUAAUUCUUGAAGCUGAAGAGAGAUAUAAAAGGGGACUAAGAAAAUCGAUUAUCUAUAAUAACAGUAGUUCUGAGGCUUUUAAGAAAAUACUGUUGACCCCAGUUAAGAAAGGAAGACUGAAUACAGAGUUGUCAACCUUCAAGAGCAGAAAAAGUCCUCAAGAAAAUGUCCAAAGUAUUCGUUUGACUCCUAUGAAGAAAACCCAAAAUAGUAUUUCGAGUAUAAAUGGCAACCUCAACACUAAUAUUAAUUUGCAAGAAAAAUACAACUUAAUACCUACAUGCACAAAAGAUGGCCUUGUUCACAACUCCACAGCUCUCCAAACAGAACAAGAUACACACUUGAAGAAACAAAUCAUCAAAGAGACAUAUAACAUAAAAUAUCAAAGCUUGAAUGAGAAAAAUAAGUAUUCAUUUGAUAAAGACGAGAGCACUGAAAGUCUUUCAUUGGACACAUAUGCAAGAGCUUUAAAAAGGAGUAAACGAAGAGUCCGAAAAGAUUUUACAACAGAAGAAGUAAACUAUCUUUUGAGUGGCGUCAGGAAAAUGGGCCAUCACUGGAAUUCAAUUUUGUGGUCCUACCCAUUUCAGAAAGGACGGACAAAUGUUGAUCUUGCCAAAAAAUACCACAAGUUACAGACUCAGAGCAGAUCCCUGCCCAUAGUGCAACCCCCUUUUCUCCCCAGAGAAGAAGGCAGGCUGACAUAGAAAGCAGUCCACAGAAGGACCAAGACAUCUGAUAAAACAAACAACCCCUUGUAACAGGCUCCCUGAGGGAGAGACUGGUUUCCUGUACAGCCUCUCCCAGGAGACUUCCAUGAAGACCCCAGACGGAUGACUGAGCUUGGAUCUGGGCCAGUAACUUGAUGUAGAGUUGUGGCAGUACUGUUGAGUUGAACUCUGGUUCUUCCUGAAAGAGAUACAUCUAAACAUGACCUGGCCAGAGUGCUAAGUUACAGGAUAUGGGAGGACUAGCAGCAGACCUGAAUGGCCAGCCAGUGGGGAUGUAUAAAGUAAAAACUUUAAAAAACAACAAAUAGUCUAGUAGCACCUU